AUGGCAUUAUUGCCUGACGUUGGAGUUUUCUGGAUUGUCUUUGUGCAUUUGCUUUUCUUUUGUCCACGACAUGCAGUUACCCGACAGAUUGUUUAUUCCGUAUUUGAGGAGGUUAGUCCUGGAACGUCUGUAGGAAAUUUGGCCAAAGACUUAAACUUGAAAGUGGACGACUUGGAGUCUCGCAAUCUUCGAAUUAUUUCGGCAUCGUCAAAGAAACAUUUUGACGUAAAUAUUAAGACCGGCGCUCUUUUCGUAUUGGAAGCGAUAGACCGAGAGGUGCUUUGUCCAAAUAGCUACGUAUGUACUGAAAGCUUGGAAGCCAUAGUCAACAACCCACUAAAUGUAUACAGUAUAGAGAUAAAGAUAAUGGAUGUCAACGACAACACACCUGCUUUUCCAGGAAAAGUCCAAAAUAUCCGGAUAUCUGAGCAGACGUUACCUGGGGCUAAAUUUCCUUUGCUUGCUGCGGAAGAUCCAGACGUAGGUAGCUAUUCUAUAGCCACGUAUAAGCUGUCAUCCAACCCAUUUUUUAAUAUGGAAAUACUUUCUGAUACAGACAGUAUACCAUCUCCGGAACUGGUUCUACAGAAAGCUUUAGACAGAGAAAAGCAACCAGAAAUUAAACUCGUUUUGACUGCACUGGAUGGCGGAAAGCCCUCAAGAUCAGGUACUACAAAUAUUUUAAUUACUGUUGUAGAUUCCAAUGACAACGCACCUGUUUUUGCAAAACAAAUAUACAAAGCUCAAGUUCAAGAAAACGCAGUGCCUGGGACAUUAAUCUUAAAGCUCAACGCUACGGAUCCCGAUGAGGGCGUAAAUGGUGAAAUUAUGUAUACCUUUAAAGAAGGCCAAAGGGGUAUUGCAGAUAAGUUCGCUGUUAAUAACAUCACAGGAGAAAUAACAGUGGCAGGUCAUUUGGAUUAUGAGGAAGCAAACGCGUAUGAAAUUCGUGUGCAAGCCCGGGAUAGAGGACAUAGUCCCCUAGCAUCUCACUGCAAAGUGCUGGUGGAAGUGCUGGAUCUCAACGAUCACGCACCGGAUAUCAAGCUUUCUUCCCUGUUAGACAACGUCCCGGAGGAUGCAAAGAAAGGCACGGUGAUUGCAUUUAUCACAGUAAAAGACAAGGAUGGUGGAAAAAACGGAAAAGUGCACUGUUCAAUUUCUCAAAAUUCACCGUUUGUAUUAGAAUCCACACAGGGAAAAUAUUAUUCACUUGUUCUAAAUGACGCAUUUGAUAGAGAAGAUACUUCUGAGUAUAAUGUCUCAAUUACGGCUAUAGAUGAAGGUGUCCCUCCUCUCUCCAGCACUGUUAUACUAACGGUCCAUAUUUCUGAUGUAAAUGAUAACGCACCUCGUUUCUCUGGAUCUUUCGUCAAUGUUUAUGUAAAAGAGAACAGUCCAGCAGGUGGUCUAAUAGCGGAUGUCUCUGCACAAGAUAUCGACGUUGGUGAAAAUGCUCAAGUAUCUUAUUUAUUACUCAGCAACUCAAACAUGCAUUUAUCUUCAGCUGUCAGCAUUAAUUCUGUCACUGGAGAAAUUUACAGCAUGCAGUCUUUUAAUUUUGAAGAAAUGAAAACAUUUCGGAUUCAAGUUCAGGCCACAGACUCUGGUAUUCCCUCUCUGAACAGUAACCUGACAGUAAAUGUUUUUAUUGUGGAUGAAAAUGAUAACCGUCCUGUUAUUCUACCGCCCUAUUCAGAAUCCGGAUCUGUAAACACUGAGAACAUACCCUAUUCUGCAGAAGCGGGAUAUUUUGUAGCCAAAAUCAGAGCUGUAGAUUCGGAUUCAGGCUAUAACGCCCUCCUGUCCUACCAUAUAACUGAACCAAAAGGUACCAAUCUCUUCCGAAUCGGAACCAGUACUGGAGAAAUAAGAACCAAAAGGCGAAUGAGCGACAAUGAUUUAAAAACACACCCACUUAUAGUUACUGUGUCGGAUAAUGGAGAACCGUCACUAUCAACAACUAUGAGUAUUGAAGUUUUGGUCGUGGAAAAUAUGGACAACAUGCAGCCUUCUCUAAGAAAAGUACCAAUAAAGGAGGAGAGUUUUUCUGAUCUGAAUCUGUAUCUGCUCAUCGCUAUUGUCUCAGUAUCAGUGAUAUUUCUACUGAGCCUCAUGGGUUUAAUAGUAGCUAGAUGCUACAGGACGGACGGUGGUUUCGGCAGGUCUGGUGUUCCAGUGGUCACUACACACCCUGACGGGAGCUGGUCUUACUCUAAAUCCACUCAGCAGUAUGACGUGUGUUUUAGCUCAGACACACUGAAGAGUGAUGUAGUAGUUUUCCCGUCACCGUUUCCACCUGUAGACGCAGAACUGAUCAGCAUUAAUGGAGGAGACACUUUUAACAGGACACAAACACUGCCAAGCACCGAGAAGAUUAUUUCAGCACUUGAUGCUGGUCAGCGACAGCUAAGAAAAAAGCGAGAGACCCAUUUGUCCCUUUCUAUUAAUUAA